AACUCGAAAACUUGUUAAAUUACAAGAGACCACGCGUGUGUUCUGCGCAUAACACAUUAUCUUAUAAUAAUAUACCAACGUUUUGCUUCUAAAAUAUCAAUUCACCGUUUUGAUUUUCAUACAUUGACAAAAUGAAUGGAAGAGUCGCAUGUUUUCGCAUUUUACCUCGGAAGAGAAAAUCUAUGAGCGCAUUUUCUUGUUUUGGGUAAAGGUCACUUGUCCUAAUUAUUACAGGAGUAUCUCUUUGAAAUCAAAAGUUUGAAAGUUCGGCCAACAAAUAUCGUAUUGUUUAUCACGUUGCCAGCUUAGACACGCGUGUUAGAGAGAAAUCGAAAAAUCGAAAAAUCGAGGCCUCUUAUUUCAUAUUCUUGAGUUUUAUACUUCAUUAACCUCUCAUGUGAGCAAAAAUGAAAACAAUCCCGUCUUUUAGCUUUUGUAUAAAUUACGUCCCCCUACUCUCUUGAACCUCAACAUGGGGAUAUUUUCAUGCUCAAAUACGAAAUCAGAUUUCAUUAUUUUUUUCGAUGAUUUGUUGUCGUAAGUAACUACCUUUAAGUAGCUCUUGGCUUGGACUGUGGACUCUGGUGGUCGGCGGAUAACUCGGUGAUUAUCAGAUAUAUACUUACUGUAAACAUAUAAUGAACUUGGGAUUAAGUACCUGUAAUGAAUUAAACCUAACCAUGGGCAUCUUUUAUACUUUCACUCAAAUUGCUGCUCGGGAAGCUCAUUGCAGUCAUCUGAGAGUAUGUUAGUCAUAGACAUAUAAUUACUUAAGUAAGCAUACAAUGGCUUAGUCUGGAAUACCUUGACGAACAUGCGAGAAAACAAUUUAAGUGCAAGAAACUAUUUGACCCUUUAUCCAGGUCCCUGAACUAUUUGAACUAAGCCCGAUGAAUAGACUCUACUUUGAAAACGGAUUUUUAUACGUUCAUUCAUCAUCAUACGUUGUUCAUCAUCGACCACGUGACAAUGGAAACUGGCCUAUCACUCUAAAAAGGAUUUGCAGAUUUGUACAUCUUGAUUCAUAUAAAUAAUAUUGCGACUGAAGAAAUACACUGUCAUUAACAAGGAUACGAGAUUAAUGAACAAAGUCUUCACACUUUAAAUACUCUGCAUUCGUUUGACUUCGUUUCUUAAAAGAGAGCUUCAUCGUCUUCGUUUGUUGUGAACUAAACUCUACGCUCAGGGUGUACGUUGAGGGUAAUUUAAUUAAUACUGAUAUUCUGCAUCUAAAACAUUUUUACAUGCCAUGUAAUAUCCCGGGACCUUUAGCAUUACCUCUAUGUACUAUAGGAAAAGGGUCAGUAAAUAUAUUUAUAUUGGACGUUGUUGUGUGUGAGCAAAUAUACCCUUAAGUCCUAUAGCUGAUCAGUGGAAUGGAAAGUGUACUGGAAAGGAGUUUGUAAAACGAAUAAAUGAAGCUUAGUGUAAUGCUUACAUUCAUGUUAUUUUAAACCGUUUAGGCAAAAUAGAAAGAUGUAGACCAUGUGACAUGUGUGAGGAACGAUCAUGAAAGUAGUUGAAAAUAAUAAUCUGCGAUUCCAAAUGAAGAUGCCAUUAACAUUUUAGGAUACGAAAUAUAACAUGUAUAUUAACAGAAAACAACCGGGACAUGGGUGGAAUAUAUGCAGCUGGACUGCAUGUUUAAUUGUACUUUUAUGGAUGUCGCCUACGACAAUUGCAUUAACCGACAAACAAAACAAUGUCGUGUCCAACUGUGAUGAGGGCGAGCCAGUAUGUGAAUUCUGGCUGGAAUUGGAACAUGGCUUUACAAUGACCAAACAAGUUGGGUCGAAGAUGCUACCUGUCAUUAUUCAACAAAAUGGAUCCAUCUACCAUCGUAGCUCUUCUGGUGAUAAGUUGGUACCUAUUGCAGAUAAUGAUACGGAUUCCAUCGUGUAUGCGGAUGGGAGUUACCAGCUUAUAAUGAUGGUAAACAAGUCAAUGCCAGGACCCCCUAUGGUGGUGUACGAGGGCCAAGAGGUGGUUGUCCACGUUACUAAUUUAUUAACAAACGAAGCAACGACGAUACAUUGGCACGGUCUUGAGCAGCGGAAUACCCCGUGGAUGGAUGGAGUGGGUUCGGUGUCGCAGUGCCCGAUUAACCCAUACGAAACAUUCACAUAUAGAUUCAUUGCAUCAAAUAUCGGAACCAACUGGUACCAUGCCCAUCUGGGGACUCAACGAAGCGCUGGGAUCUUUGGUUCUUUGGUUGUCUUGGAGAGACCUAAAGACCAGAUUAGGAGGAGGGGUGCUGAUCAACUCCCCGAGUUUCUUAGUGACCACCACAUGAUCGUACAAGACUGGACGAGGAGAGACUCGUUGUAUGUGUCAGAGCUCAUCAGCAUAGACGCCGCGAACUUUGCCUAUGGAUUCGAUAAAAACCGCUUCUCCUCCACAAAGCAAGUUGACGGAGUAGACGCAGGAAUAAUACCAUUCAUAUCAGCUUUAGUAAAUGGAAAGGGUUAUCAUCAUAUAUCCCCUUACGACAGUCAAAAGAUAGAAAAACGUGGACUGCCCAUUGAAGUAUUUCAUGUAAACCCACCGUCAACUGAUAAAGGAGGGGCAGUGAGAUUCCGGCUGAUAAACGCAGCAAUGUAUUAUGCUUUCCGUGUCUCCAUUGAUUAUCAUCAACUUCACGUGAUAUCAACUGACGGAAAUCACGUGAUCACGACGACUGUCCAAUCAGUGAUCGUCUAUGGAGGAGAGAGGUAUGAUUUCUGGAUAAAUGCAACGGAUCCUCUGGGAGUAGGAAACUAUUGGGUGCGGUUUGAAACACUGGAAAGAUAUGUUCAAAACAAAACUAUUUUACCUGGGCGAACAUAUGCAAUAUUAAGAUAUAAGGGUGCUAAUAAGAGGAUUCCACAAACAGAUAGGCGACCUUGCAGAAGGACAAAUGGAUGCAAAGUAUUGAAUUGUCCAUAUAAAUAUUAUCCGAAAGGAGAGUAUACAACAUGUAUACCUGUUGCGGACUUGAGGGACUCGUUUCCGACUCCUACACUGUCCCCAGAGACAGAAAAGUUCACCCAGAAAUUCUUGAACUUUCAUUUCUCUGGGUUUCACUCGACUGGAAGGUGGCUAUCAACUAUCAAUGGGAGGCAACACCAACAAUUUUCUUCGCCUGUUAUGAUCCAACCUGAGAUCAUGGCAAAAGCUAGCCAGAAAAUGUGCCCUGCUACACUGAAACAUGGAGAGGAUGGUAUUUCAUGCACACAUAUUAUAGACCUGCCACUCGGACACAUUAUACAGAUCACCCUUUUAACAACCGUCUCUCCUCCACUGAAUGGAGUAUUAAAUGGCAAUGUCCACCCCAUUCACAUCCACGGGCACAACUUCCAAGUAGUCAAGAUGGGCUUCCCAAGGUAUGACCCUAUCACUGGUAGGCAACUUGAGAUGAACAAGGAGUUCAAUUGCACUGUAGAUGAUAAUUGCAAUGAUGGCAUCGUUUGGGCAGAUCCCAGUUGGAACAGCGGAGAUAUACCUGGUAUGACCAAAGAAGGACCACCACUAAAGGAUACCGUUUUGGUCCCUGUAGGUGGAUACGUUGUAAUACGAUUCAGGGCUGAUAACCCAGGGUUCUGGUAUUCCCACUGUCACAUAGAGUUCCACAAUGAGGAAGGCAUGGCACUGAUCUUUAAAGCCGGGGACGUAUCAGAUAUGAACACAGCGCCUAGUAAUAUGAAAACAUGUGGAAAUUUUGAGUUUUCUGGAGAAGAAUUUCAAUCUCUGAUCAACAAUCGGGCCAAAGGUGGGCCCAAAACAACAAGUAAGCAUCAAACGAUUCCAGAGCCUGCAGUGGAAGAAAUACUUGAAAAGUAUGAAGCAAUUAUUAUUGCUUUAGGAGUCACAUCUCUCAUCCUGAUGUGUUGUGCAAUGUAUCAGACAUAUCGACUUUGGAAAUCUCGAAAAAUAUCACGUGGAGGAUAUCAUCGUAUUGAUGAAAGGGAUGAAGAUGUGCUAAGUACGACUCAAACCUAGCUGUAGGUGCAUGAAAACGAUCAGUAUAAACGAGAUAAAUGGCUUGGCUACUAAAUCGAACUAAACGUACAAAUUACCAACUUCAUAGGUUGGUCUCUUGAGUGUAAUAUAUGACAUCUUAAAUAUAUGCGCUCAUAUGCUGCAUGUUUUAGUAGGACAAUCAGAUAUGCCAGAUACAUUAUAUACAUAUAAUAUACAUAUACAGGUAUGUAUAAUACUUCAACAAAUGUCAUGAUGUCGUAACAAUGGAAAAAAUGAAUUCCAUUAAUUUGAAGCUGUUUUGCUCAAUUUUGUUAAAGUUGAAAUUAAUGACUCACACAAGGGGCGCAUGACUCGAAGUCAUAUUUUGUUUCUUGCAUGAGUAAUUCUGCAAAAUCGUCCAUUCUUCAUUCGCUUUAUUUCACUGUUACUCUCAAAGAAUUGCCAAAGCUCGUCAGAAAUGUAGGAUCUUGUAAACGCAUGUACUCAUUCAUACAAACGGUAUUGUGUAUUCACGAUUUGCUCAAGAUUCUUCGAGGUUGCAUGGCCUUACUGUAGUUAUGUAAAAAUUACCGUAUAGGUUACAAAAGCAGUCAGAAAAAAACAGUCAGAUUAUGUAUGUUUUUAAUAAAACAAUCCGAUUAAUAUAGAA